UUUGAGCAUCGUGCUCCAUCGCUGGCCCUCUAUUUCCAGCCUUUAAGCUCGCAGUCUCGCUCUCUCUACUGAAGGGUGCAACAAAUCAAAAGGCGUGACGGAUAGUCGACAGUGUCGACGCUGGGAAACGAAGUAUCGUAACCAGGCAUCGCUCCAUCUGAAUCCGGCUUUUUUUCCUUUCACCUUCCUUACCACGACAUCCGCUAGACAACGAGCCAAGGCAGGCAAUCCAACAAAAACGGGACCGGGAUGGCAAUGAAAAUUGGGGGAGGGCCGUUAUUUCUCGGUCUAGAGCUAGCAGUUGACCAGUUUCGAGCUACGAUUGUGGACGAGAAUCUAGGGUUGGUGGGCGUAGAAUGUGUGGAUUUUGAUACAGAGUUGCCUGAGUACCAGACUACAGGUGGAAUAUUCACCUCACCAGGCGAAGCGUACACUACACCUGUUGAAAUGUGGAUCAAAGCAUUGGAUAUGUUGUUGCAAAAACUCCUUCAGACCACGUACCUACCACGAAUCAAGUCCAUCUCAGGUUGCGCUCAACAUGCCUUGGUUUGGUGGAAAUCUACCUCCGUACCGUCGCUUUCCUCCCUCGACCCUCACCUUCCUCUUCAUAAUCAUUUCCCUGCCCCGUGUUUCUCUCUACCCAAUACCCAGACAGCACAAGAUACCUCAUCGCAUACUCAUGCACUCGCCAUAGAGGCUUUACUUGGUGGACCCGAUCGCAUGGCUCAGCGAGUCGGCACCUGCGCUACAGCCAGUCUUGUGGCCGCUCAGCUUCUUCGUGUAAGGGAAUGCUGGCCUCAGGAAGUCUGGGCGCGCACUGGGAGGGUCCAGCUUGCAAGUGCCUUUCUCGCUAGCUUGAUUUCUGGGAAGUGGGUACCGAUGGGCGAAGCCGAAGCUUGUGCUACUGGUGCAUGGGUUCAUGGUUCAGGUACUAAUACCGGCCAUGUUGUCGUUGGAAGCGGUCCACAAGGCUUCUGGGAAGAGAAUGUCCUAGAUAUCGUGGGCGGAAGUAGAGAAGAAGGUCGUCGAGUGCGUGGCUGGCUGGGCGAUGUCGACGUUUCGGGAGGUGCCCGUAAGAUUGGGAAUGUCUCUCGGUAUCUCGUUGAAAGAUUCGGAUUCGAAAGUGAUACCAUUGUCACCCCUUUCACAUCCGAUUAUCUUGCGACGUAUCUUUCAUUAUGCCCUUCUCCUUCGGACGCGGUUCUUUCUUUCGGACCCAUGGAUUCUUUACUGACGCCAGCGGCGCAUUAUUUGCCCACCAGGCUUUACAACCUGUUCCCCCAUCCCGCCCAAGAAGUUGGCGAGAAGCGAAAAUAUAUUGCAGUUUUGACGAGUCGGAACGCAGACGUACCUCGAGCUCUUGUACGAGACAUGUACACAAAAUCCUGGAGUGCAUUUGACAGACUCGUUGCGAUCGUGCCUCCAGGAGGCUCCAUCGGCCUAGACGAUAAAUUAUUCUCUUAUUGGCAUCUCCAAGGUGACAUGUACCCGCUGGAAAGGGUUAAGGGCAUCUACAGAUUCGAAACCGGUGUCAAGGUACAGGAGUUCCGUGACCUACGUGCCAAUCCACGAUGCCUCGUCGAAUCACAAAUAAUCAGUUUCCGUGUCAGAUGGGGACGUAUGUUCGCAACUGGCGUCUUGCAUCCCAAUCCAUCUUCCCUUGGUCAAUCCGGAAACUCCUCUCCUCACCCCACUCAAACUGCGAAUCAACCUUUACCGACUAUUAUACCAUCUACAUCCCCUUAUCUUCCUUUCUAUCCCACUGACCGCGGCCCACUGCCAAAGAGGAUCAUCUCCUCGGGUGCGGCAGCCAACUUCCCCGCUAUCGCCAACAUUGUUGGCGAUGUAUUUAAUGCACCAGUGUAUGUACCUGCAACGCAGGUCGAUGGUGCACAGCUUCCUUGGGGGAGUCCCCAAAGGAAUGCACCAGGCAGAGGAUACCCGGGACGAGCCAGUCUGGGGAUGGCGUGGGUUGGCAGAUGGGUUUGGGGCAAGGUUGGCUCGAGCGGUAACGGUAUUAUUGGAGGAGGACGAAGUAGGAGUGGAAGUGUGAGCACAACCCCCGGAACACCCGAUAGAGGUGGAUCCCCUGUCUGGGCUAAGGGAGGGUUUGAGGAAGAUAUGAAAAGGAUAAUGGCAAGGAGGUGGAUUAUGAGUGGGCAGAUGUGGGCGAGAACGAGUGUGGGAGCACCUACUGCGAUUGGUGGACAGGCCUCAAGUAACCUCAUUGGUGGCCAGCAUCAUUCCAAGGUUGGAUUGCCCCCUACAACCAACAAUCCCCCUACGGCUCCGACGUCUACGCCCGGAACUCCCACUAUGCUAGGACCUCAUGGUGGUACAUCAUCUCCCAUUUCCCGUGGACUAGGAAAUUCCGUUGUCAUAGAGGAAGAAGAGGAGGAUUCUCAACAUCUUCUCGCUCCUUCGGUGUCUGGCUUCAGCAGCACCUUGAGCGGAAGUACAAGCACUUGGAGCGUCCAUACGCCAUCCACCGCCUUCUCUACUCCCGAUAUCAGCGUAUCGCAAGGCCUGUCUGGCCUUGGAAUGUCGGGAACAGGCGGUGGAAUGAGUCCCAAUUUAUCUGGCCUCCCACCUGGUAUCGUCACGAAUGGACAACAAGUUGCUGGGAACACCCAAUCACCGCAACAACAACAGCCCAAUUCGAAUGCUACCUCGAACCCAACGCCCUUGACUCCUGUCGUGGCUCUUCAGACGGGAGAGGUCGAAGCUCAAUUGGGUCUGGCAAAGGUGGCCGAACCAGACGUUGACGCGUUUUUAACUUAUGCAGCACUCGUACCAGAGUUCUGUCGUUUAGAGGGAAUGUUAAUCAAGGGUGUUGUUUAAACGACUACCCAUAACGAAACUACCUAACGAAUCGAGCGAUAUCACCUUUUUUCUUUUGUGAUCUUCAUUGUUAUUUCCCUCGGGUCUACACGUCUAUUCUGAAAAGGACGACGGACCUUUGCUGUCCAUCGCUGCUUUCCACGUUAACAUUCGUCCACUGCUGUAUAUCUCUUCUCUCCUUCCCCCCUCAUGUCGUCAUCCCGGUUAUGUUUUGUUUCUGCUGUUUCAAUCUGCUUUGCUUUCUGCCUGCAGCUGACACUUUUUCCCUCUUCAAUCUAUCCGUCCUUAUUUGAAAUUUUUUGGGUAUGACCGAUAUCGAAAAAGUAUGAAUACGUACAUACAGUAUAUCAUCUCUCCGUCUGUGUGUCACCUUUACUGUAGGCUUUACAUCCUCGGAAGACAUAACUUAUCA